ACCACACUCAACGACUCCCCUCACUUCUCCCACUUCUCCAACACCCACCAUGUCGCACACCAUCGUCCUCGUUCAGCUCAACCGCAAGCCGUCGUCGCGAACGUACUCGGACUUUGAGUCUGUGGCAUCAGCCAUGGACGGCGUGUGCAAGCUGUACGAGCAGCGGCUGCAGCAGCUGAACCCGGACGAGGACAUCCUCUCGUACGACAUCUCGGACCUGCUCAACUUUAUCGAUCAGCUCGGUGACAUCUCGUGCCUCGUGGCCUCGUCCGCCACGGGCCAGUACGUCCCGCACGACCGCGAGUGGAUCAAGGCCCGCCUCCGCAAGCGCCUUCGCCAGAUCGCGGCCUAG